AUGACCAAAUUCAAGUUCAACCGUACCACGGGAAAAUGGGACAAAAGUGUCGAGACGACGACGCAGUUGUCCCGAAUCCCGACAACUAUCGGCAAGGAAAAAUCGGAAGAAGCGGCUACAAAACCGGCGCGGCCGGUCUCGUCAGUGCUACGGGGUCAACAACCCGCCAGGGAAGGACAUGAUCGUCAUCAGCACAUUCACGUACAUCAUAAAGAACAUAUGAGGGAUAUCACCAUCGUCACCGCACUAAUGGACAUUGGCCGUGGGGACUGGUGGGAAUAUCGGAGACCGCUCGAUAAAUAUCACGAAUUUAUGGAACGGGUUCUAAGCCUUCGAAACAAUAUGGUCAUCUUCACCGACGCGCACAGCUACGAGUUUGUCGUCGCGUACAGGCGGAAAAUGGGGCUCGAGGAAGUGACAAAGGUACACCAAAUGACACUCGAAGAUCUGCCCCUGUGGCGGUACCACGAAUUUGCAUCCGAAGUGAUUGCCGGAGAACACAAUGAUACCUUAAAAUACCGCAACGGUGGCUGGGACCCGCAGAUGAUGAAUCACCCCGAGGCCAAAAGCGCCACCUACGAUAUCCUUGUCAACUCGAAAACGCACUUUUUGCAGAAUGUUACGUUGGACAACCCCUUCGACACUGGGUUUUUCGUGUGGAUAGAUGCGGGAUAUGGGCAUGGAAAUGACGAUCAUUUCCCACGAGAUCACGUCUGGAGACCAAUGUUCCCCAAGGGCAAGAUAUCAAUGAUAAAGCUGACCCCAAAACACGACCCAAUCUCGGGGUACGGUAUCGACCGGCUGUACCGUCAGAAUUGGUCGGUCGUCUCCGGGGGUUUCAUUGCCGGUGAUGCACACACCAUCGGCCAGCUACACACCGCAUUCUACCGGAAAUUCGUCGAGCUCGUCCAGCGCCAAUAUAUUGACGACGAUCAGACAACGAUGGUGCUGGUGAUCAACAGCCAUCCACAUCUGUUCAACAUCGUCCACGGCGACUGGUUCGACGCGUUCAGGGCAUUUGACCCUGGGUUC